CAUGCACUGGGCCACGCAGUCGGUGGAGAAGCAACUGCGGCGCCUCGGCUCUGUUGAGAUUCUCAGUGACCACGUGAUGGUGCGUCGUUCAAAGAUGGAGUCCCACGAGCCUCCGGUGUCGGUCUCCGUGUCUCCGGGAGAAAUGCUGAGGCUGUUGGUGAAGCAGCGAGUCCACGCGGCCGUCGAAGAGUCUUCUGGGCUGUUGGACACAUUGACAGCAGCUUAUGAGGACACCGUGUCUCAGCUCAGAGAACACGAGCGACGCGCAUCAGAUGUCCAGCAGCUGGUUGGGAUUAAAGCAGAUGUCCCCCCUGAGGACCAGGACAAAGAGGAGCCGGAGCCCCUCCUCAUAGAAGAGGACCCAGAGCCCCUCCUCAUAAAAGAGGAGCUGCAGGAUCUCUGGACCCGUCUAGAGGGAGAUCAGCUCAUUGUGCUGGAGGAGGCCGAUAUCACCAAGUUCUUAUCCACUGCUGUUACUUUGAAAAGUGAAGAUGACGAACCUCAGACCUCACGGCUUCAUCAAAGCCAGACGGAGGACAACAAAGAGGCGGAGCCUCCCGCCUGCAGCUCAGCUACGACAAUACAGACGGAAACUGAUGGAGAGGACUGUGGGGGAUCAGGACCAGACAGGAACCUAAAUCCACAUCGUCAUUCACAUCCAAAUGCUGAUGAUGAAGAGGCUUCAGACUCUUCCGAGACUGAGGUCAGUUGUGGUGAUUGGCAAGAAGCUUUGUCAGAUUCUGGACCUGAAAGUGAAGACGGGGACAAUGUCUGGAAGGAGCCCAGGGCACCUGAGUCUGCUGCACAUGCCCUGAAAUAUAAGGAAGCUCUUGGAAGUCAUGUGGGAUGUAACACCGGCAACAAAUCCAAUGAAUCACGAUCAAAAGAGCUCAUGAGAGAGAAAUCAUUAAGGUGUGAUGAUUGUGGGAAAAGAUUUAAACGACAGGGAGAUCUGAAGAAACACAUGAGAGUCCACACAGGAGAGAAACCAUUCAGUUGUGAUGAUUGUGGGAAAAGAUUUAAACGACAGGGAGAUCUGAAGAAACACAUGAGAGUCCACACAGGAGAGAAACCAUACAGUUGUGAUGAUUGUGGGAAAAGAUUUACACAACAGGGACAUCUGAAGGAACACAUGAGAAUCCACACAGGAGAGAAACCAUACAGUUGUGAUGAUUGUGGGAAAAGAUUUACACAACCGGGAAGUCUGAAGGAACACAUGAGAAUCCACACAGGAGAGAAACCAUACAGUUGUGAUGAUUGUGGGAAAAGAUUUACGCAACAGGGAAGUCUGACGACACACAUGAGAGUCCACACAGGAGAGAAACCAUUCAGUUGUGAUGAUUGUGGGAAAAGAUUUAAACGACAGGGAGAUCUGAAGAAACACAUGAGAGUCCACACAGGAGAGAAACCAUUCAGUUGUGAUGAUUGUGGGAAAAGAUUUACACAGCAGGAACAUCUGAAGAGACACAAGAGAGUCCACACAGGAGAGAAACCAUUCAGUUGUGAUGAUUGUGGGAAAAGAUUUACGCAACAGGGAAGUCUGACGACGCACAUGAGAGUCCACACAGGAGAGAAACCAUUCAGUUGUGAUGUUUGUGGGAAAAGAUUUACACAACAGGGAGAUCUGAAGAGACACAUGAGAGUCCACACAGGAGAGAAACCAUUCAGUUGUGAUGUUUGUGGGAAAAGAUUCACACAGCAGGAACAUCUGAAGAGACACAAGAGAGUACACACAGGAUAGAAUGUGUUUCGUACG